CUUUCUUCGCUCAUUCCUCAGAUCACCGUCCCGUCUUCCUCGACAGCAUCGGAGGUUCAACCAGCGUACAUCCGACAGGAACAUAGGCGCUACAAGAUCAAGAAAUACCUCGUUAGAUAUUCACUUUGCACUAUGCCUCCCAAAGCGGAUUGGGAGAAAUAUGACAAAAAAUCUACCGAUGAAAAAGACGAAGAGAAGAUUGUCGCUCUGGAUGAAUCCGAUAUUCAGAUAUUGAAAACCUACGCGAGUCGUCUUGGACAAGGACCCUAUUCCUUGGCGUUGAAGAAAAUCGAGAAUGAACUGAAAGACAUCCAAAAAAGGGUGAAUGAGAAGAUGGGGAUACGGGAAUCGGACACUGGACUAGCAUCUGCCAAUCUAUGGGAUAUACCCGCGGAUAAACAUCGACAAGGAGAACAUCCUCUUCAAGUCGCCCGUUGUCAGACAAUUAUCAGAGCGGCCAAUGCCCCACCUGCAGAUCAGCCCCUAAAUCCUCAGGAUGGUGCUGGCGCUGGUAAUCCUGAAGGGGACAGAUAUGUCAUAUCGAUCAAACAAGUGGCAAAAUUCGUUGUGGGUCUAGGAGAUCGGGUGGCUCCUACUGAUGUCGAGGAGGGUAUGAGAGUUGGGGUGGACAGGACCAACUACAAGAUUCUCAUACCCCUUCCUCCCAAAAUCGAUGCAUCUGUGACGAUGAUGCAGGUUGAAGAACGACCCUCGGUUACAUACGCCGAUGUUGGAGGUUGUAAGGAACAGAUUGAGAAGUUGAGAGAGGUCGUGGAGUUGCCUUUAUUAGAACCUGAACGAUUCGCAAACCUUGGUAUAGAACCCCCGAAAGGUGUAUUGCUCUAUGGUCCUCCGGGGACAGGGAAGACACUAUGUGCGCGAGCAGUGGCAAAUAGGACAGAUUGCACGUUCAUCAGAGUCAUCGGAUCAGAGUUGGUUCAAAAGUACAUUGGUGAAGGUGCCCGUAUGGUCCGAGAACUGUUCGAAAUGGCCCGCAGCAAGAAGGCCUGUAUCAUCUUCUUUGACGAAGUGGAUGCCAUCGGUGGUGCUCGUUUUGAUGAUGGUGCUGGGGGCGAUAACGAAGUUCAAAGAACCAUGUUGGAGUUGAUCAAUCAAUUGGACGGCUUCGACGCUAGAGGAAAUAUCAAAGUCAUCAUGGCGACCAACAGACCCGACACUUUGGAUCCCGCCUUGCUACGACCCGGUCGAUUAGACCGAAAGAUAGAGUUCUCUUUACCGGAUAAUGAAGGUCGGACCCAUAUUCUCAAAAUCCACGGAAAGAGCAUGUCUGUAGAACGUGAUAUACGAUACGACCUCAUCGCUCGUUUGUGUCCCAACGCUACCGGAGCGGAACUCAAGUCUGUGGCUACUGAAGCGGGUAUGUUCGCCAUCAGAGCCAGGAGAAAGGUGGCUACUGAACGUGAUUUCCUCGAUGCUGUGGAAAAGGUCAUCAGACAAGGUACCAAGUUUUCUAGUACCGCAUUGUACGCACAAUACAAUUAGUUUAUGCAUGAGCCAUACAUAUGUUG